AUGGCGACCGCGCCUUGCCCCACUCGCAAACGCGAAGGUUCACCAUCACCUUCAGCACUCGACACACCGCCAUCCAAACGCCGCGCACCAAGAACAUCAGCCAGUCCUUGGAAGAAUCCUCUCCUCCAAAACUCCGACUUCAGCUCUCCGAUCUUUAACCGCAGCCUGGAUAUCGACCGCAACGACUCCGAUAUUAACAUGGCCGGCUCCCACAUCGACAACAAUGGUACUCUCAGUCAGCAUGUCCGCGCACAGAAUCAGUUCCAGAACGAGCUUCAAGCCGCCACCCCAAAUCCAUACUCCGCACCACAUCCCAUGCUCGCUGUUCCAUCGCCUACCCUCAAUUUCGACGACUUUCUACACAGCGACGAAGACAUCCAUACUGCCGAUGCUCAAGAUCUUGCUCAAGCUCAGAACACCGACCAGCAUCACACGCAAGGCACCACUGCUGCUGGGAGCGACAUUCAAGGCGUGAUGCAACGCAGACUCUUCCCCGUCAUCUCGCGCAAGGAGAUCUGGGGAGUGGACAGGAUGGGCGAGUACGACCAGGAACUGAUGGCGGGAGCUGAUGACGGCGGGCGUGGUCAGCCUCCUGUUCGGACUCAAGUUGCGGUGCGAUCUCCGAGUCUUGCCCGAUCUGAUAUGAUGGGAUCUGAUGGAGAGGAGGAAGUGUUCGUUGAUGCUGAGGAGGAGAUCUCGCCCUCGGGAAGUGAGUUGGCUUCUGACGAAGAAGCUGCGGGCUCGGACGAAGACGAUGAGGACAGCGAGGAGGAUAGCGCGGAAGGUGACCAUCGAAGAGACUCUGAUGUAGACUCCGAGGCAACGGAUCCUGACGAGCCAACUUUGACGUGGGCUGAUUUCAUGGUCACGCCCAUGACCGCUAUGGCAGUGAAGAUUGGCGAAGAAUCUGGUAUCUUCAAGGCAGCACGGAUGGGUGCCUUCAGGAACACUGCGGAGAGCAAGCCCCAGAAGAAUUACCCCAGCGAGAAUCGAGAGCGAAUGGGCGGCAAUCAUGACAAGUACGAAGGUGGCCAGGAAGGAAGUGCUGCUGGGCAGGACUCGCAGGAUGCUGAGCCAAAAGAUGAAGCGGAUGAAGAUGGCGAGCAGACCGGAGAAGGCAGAAACCCUGCCAAUGCGGACGUCGGAUCUGACAACGGCAGCGGCGGAGAAGCGGACGAGAAGGAGGAUGAGCCAUCCGAUUUCGAGACUUUGGAUGAGGAAGACGACAAAGAACAGACCGCCUCCCAAGUCACCGCAGGAGACUCACAAGUUCGUGAUUCCAACGUUGGCUCUCAAGACCAGCGCCAGCAAGCCGGUCCACAAACCACCAUCAUCGACCUCCUUUCCGACGACGACGACGAACCCAGCCAAUCCCUCGAAAUGCUCGACGAUGGCGGUACCAAGCAUGCGGACAGCCUCUUUUCCAAAGCCUUCAAAAACACCCCAAAGGUCAAAAAGUCCAAAGCCCACGUCACCGACAGCAGCGCCUCCUCCACCGCAGAAGAACAAGCCUCGUCCGCCUUCUCCGGCGGUCCUUCCUCACGCAUCAAAUCCCGUCCAGGACCUCACCAAACCCGCAUUUCCACCUCGUCCAGUCCACCACCUCAAACAAACACCACCACUCCCACGUCCAGACCCCCUCGCCCCCGCCCCGACACCCGCCGCGACCUCUCCCGCCACUUAGCCUUCCACUCCAAAUUCCACAACGCCGCUUUGCACCUCAUCCCCCGUCUCCCCUCCUACGAGUCCUUCGCCUGGACCCGCCGGUACUGGAUCGCCGUCCUCCUGCCCAAGAAGAACCUCUACAAACCCCACUUCUCGGAGAAAGACUUUGUCUGGUUCAAGGGUAACAAGUACACGACGGUGGAGACCGUGUGGAAUUACUUCCAGACGACGACGAUGAGUGAUCCGGAUGAUUUGGCGUUGUUGGUUGGGGGCGUGGAGGGUGUAGGGUUCAAGGAUCAGAUGAGGGAGUUGGAUUACUUUGGGGAUAAGUUUGUGGUGUUUCAGGCGUUGGGGAAGGAGGGCGCGGAGGAGGUGGAGGAGAGGAGUUUGGUGGAGGGGGUGGUGCCCAAGGGGGUGGUGGAGGUUGUGGAGUUGGUGGAUGAUGAUGAUGAGGAGUGA